AUGGGGCCAGCGGGCGGCAGCCUGCUGCACCCCAGCCCCAGGCCACCAUCAGCAGCGGGUGCUGGGAAAGGGCUGGGGCGCGGCUGCCGAGGGGCCUUCACGGGGCUGGCGCCAGUCAGGAGCACAAGCCACAGUGGCCCUGGAGGCACCCACAGGACUCGGGCUCUGCCAGGGGGCCGGCCUCUCCCGGACACUGAGGCGUCUUCCCUGGGGCCUCCAUUCAGGACCCAGAUCCUCCAGGCUGGAACCCCCCAGCAGAGGUCUUCCCUCCCGGAACAGGGUCUCAGACGGAACCACCCGUACUUUCCCAGACGCGCUGGCUGGGCCUUCUCUCGGGAGACUCGUGGAUCGGAGCCCCGUGGAGCGCCCGCGCCGCACAGGCUGCAGGACGGCCGGAGGUGCCCGCGGCUCCACGCAGCCCAGCUCCCUGGGCCCGGUGCGCCGGCGAGAACAGCCGCCUACGGCCCCGGCCGCGAGCCCGGGCGGCCACGAGCCGAGCGAAGCGGCAGGCGUCGAGCGAAGCCGCAGCCGGACGCCGCUCGGUGCACGAGGCUCGGCAGGACGCAGCAGGCUGCAGCGGCGGAGCCCCCGAGGCUCGGCGCCGCGCUCGCGCCCCGCCUGCCGUCCCGCACGAGGCGGCCGCCGCCAAAGGCCGUCGGACCAGCGUCCUCGAGCCGGAGCUGCCGCGGCCCCGCAAGGAAAAGCGGGAAGACGAGGCGCGCGCGGACGGCGACCCGCACUCGGCGGCUCCGGCCGCGCCUCCGCCCUCUGCUCGCUCUGCGGCCUCGGCGGGGACACAGCCCGACACGCCACACGGCCCGGCGCGCCCCGGCUGCACGCGUGGCCGCAGAUCCAGCCGACUGUCCGCGCGGCGCCCGCGCUCCAGGCUGCGGCCGCUCCCUCGGCAGCGGGUCCGUCACCAACCCCGGCGCGCGCGGGGACCCCCAGCGCAGCGGCGUCUUCACGUCGGAAACCCCAGGCCCACGCGGGACGCGCAGCGUGGCGGGGUGCGGCCGCGCGGGCCAACGGGCAGGCGCACGGAGCCCGGCUCUCGCCCAGCGCAGCGGCCGUUCGUCCGCGGAGCCUCCGCGCCCCGUGCGGGUCUCGUGCGGAGAAGCGCGGCGGCCGGACCGUGCGUCCCCGCACCGCGUGCCCGGGACCCCCGGGGCCGAGCGCAGCUCCCGGGAGCACUUUCCUCUCCAGACGCGGCCUCUCCUCGGCGCCGACCGGAACGCGGCUUCCUCUUCCUCGCGCGUCCCCGACGCCGACCCGGUCCUCCCGGCCCCGAACUUGGCCACGACGGCGCGGACGAGCGAGCGCUGUUCGCGGGAGGAGCGGCACGGGGGGCCCUGCUGGGGCGCACCCGCUUCGCUCAACGGCGUCGCAGAAACGGUGCGCGGGACCCCGUUAGAGCGAACUCCGGAACAACUUCCCGUUUUCUCGGCGGAGACGCGCGGCCGGAGCUGCCCCGCGGCCGGAGCUGCCCCGCCGCCGGCCCGGCAGACUCGCGCGCAGAGCGGGGCGCGCGCGGGGGGUCACCGCACCCGGGAAAGCGCAGGGGCCGCAGGAAGGGGCCGCAGGAAGGGGCCGCAGGGGCCAGGCGCCCUCCAGCAAUGGGGGCGGGGCGGUGCCGCGCACGGCAAAGGGCGAAACGAGACCCACCGAGUCCGGGUCCGGGUCCGGGCUCGGAGGGACAACAGCGACGGGAAGGCGCAACCUCCAUUCGCGUCUCACCCGCGAAGUCCCGCCCGGCCCAGGGCCGCGGCGGCCGCGCUUCCCGGACACGCGCUUCCCGGGACCCCGACCCGCCGCGGCGGCUCUUCCUGGAAACGCGCGGGCGGUCGCGCGCGCUCGGCCCUCGGGCGCCUCGCGGGGGCGGACGGAGCGCGGGGGGCCGACCGCGGAGCGCACGCCGGCCCCGCGCGGCCCCCCACAGCCCCGGCCCCCGCCCGGCCCCGGCGCACAACUUUCGGGCGCUCGCGGCGCUUCGUCCACAGACCGCCGCCGUCCGGAAAACGCGUCUCGGGCGCGACCCGCCUGGCCCGCGCGCGCCAGCUGUCAGCCGGGGGGCCCGGGGUCCCAGGGGUGCGGGCCGGCCCCGGCGAGGCGGGCCCCGCGGCCGAGGCGGGCGGCCCGGGCGGAGUCCAGGCCCCACGGGAGGCCGCGCCCGCGCCCCCGAAGGCGACCCCGGCCCGGCGCGCGCCGCGUCGCGGCGACCCCGGCCACCGCACCCCACCCCACCCUCCCGGCCCCGCGGCCCGACCCCGCCUGGCCCCGCCCCUCGCCCGCCUCCCCCUCCAGCCCCGACCCCCGACGGCGCGCCAGGACGGCCGGGCCCGGGGCGCGAGCUCCGGCCGAGGCACAGCCCGCCCCGCCGCCCGCCGCGCACUCACCGCGGGCGCGGGGCUCGGGGCGGCGCAGCUCCCGCCCGCCUGCGGACGACGGCCGGCGCGGGCGGGCGCUCCCAUUCAUUAG